UUAAUGUGAUCUUUUGGCCCAACAGAAUGUCGCUGAGACGGAGAUGGAGGAAGGCCAGACCCAGCCAGACCCCCCGCGGCCACCACAGGAGCCCAAAGGAGGAGACCAGCCCUCCGAACCAGCCCCGCUCCAGACCCCCGCUCCAGAGGAGGCUCCGUCGGAGGGCUCGGACCAGAAGGAGCCACCGGGAGACGAGGAGGAAACGGGCGACUCAGCGUCCCAGCUCCAAGCCAAGCCUCUGUGGAAGCCCAUCCCCCCUCUGCUGCCCGAGUCCAACAUGAAUGAGAACGGAAGGACCAGGGACCAGAUCUGCCAGACUGACGGCAGCGAGGGUCACAACUCAGGCCUGUGUGCGGAGCCCGGAGAUCCUCCUCUGCUCCAGCAGCCUCUGCAGACCUCCAAGUCAGGGAUCCAGCAGAUAAUUGAAUGCUUCCGUUCAGGCACGAGCCAGCUGAGACACAUGCUGCUGCGGGAGGUGGACACCAUCUUUGAGUGUAAACUGUGUCGCAGUCUGUUCAGAGGCCUGCCCAACCUCAUCACACACAAAGAGUACUACUGCCUGUCACGGAUGCCCGAGCCCGACGCGGACCUUUACAGCCUCCAGUGAUGAUUUGUGGUGCGAGUGCCCUUAAAUUGAAACCCAUUCUCCAUCCUCUCUUUAUCUACUGG